CAAAUUUCCUAUUUUUUGGCUUUUAUUCCCAAAUUUCCCCUUUUGACGAACCACUAAAUAUUGUUAUUAAUUCUUACAAGCACUACUUAAGAAAUGGUCAUUACUCAUUUGUCAUGACUGAAAAAAAAAAAAAAACCUCUUUUUUAGGACCACAACUAAACAAGGCUUACAGCUCUGCUAGUUUUUAUACUUGUAGCUUUAGCUGUAAGAAUUGAAUUUCUUUUUUUCUUUUUUCUUUUUUCCAGUUGGAUUCCAUCCCUUUUAAUUUAUUUCUUUGCCUUGCAAGUAUAAAUGUCAAUCUCACUUCUCUUUUUCUCUGAUUCAUCACUUGUAGAAAGUAGAAACCCAAAACUUUCUUCUUCUUCUUUCUUCAAAUUUCACCAUAACACUUCCCAAAGAAUUAAUCCCCCACUUUCCUUCCCCAAGUAAAUCAUAUAUUCAUUAAUCAAAUUCAAUGUACAUUCAUUCCUCAUCACUCCAUCUUCUCCAAGAAAAAGAACCCAAGAGUUUCUUCAUCUAAUCUCAUUCAUUGGAAACAGGGGAAAACAGAGGAUUAUUGAAGGGAAAAAAAAAAAAAGCAACCCACAAACAAAAUGCAUAAUCACUGGGGAGGGUCGUUCGAGAUAAAUUCCGGCGACCAUCAGUCGUUGACGGAGGACGAAAAGAGCCGGAACAUGGAGUGGGACAGGGCGUCGGUUUCGCACCAGCAGCAUUAUCAACACCUGGAUGAGACGCAACAGAGUUGGCUGUUGGGGCCGCCGGAGAAGAAGAAGAAGAAGUAUGUGGAUUUGGGUUGCGUGGUUUGCAGCACCAAAGCCCUGAAAUGGACGGCGUACGGGAUCUUGAUCGCGUUCUUCCUGAUCGGACUUCCGGUGAUGAUCGUCAAGCUGGUGCCUAAGCAUAAGGAGAAGCCGCCGGUUCCGGAUAAUUACACUCUUGCACUCAACAAGGCGCUUCUCUUCUUCAACGCCCAAAAAUCUGGGAGAUUGCCCAAGGACAACAAAAUACCUUGGAGAGGGGAUUCAGGAUUACAAGACGGAUCAACAUUGACUGAUGUCAAAGGAGGAUUAGUUGGAGGAUAUUAUGAUGCAGGAGACAACAUUAAGUUCCAUUUUCCAAUGUCAUUUGCAAUGACAAUGUUAAGUUGGAGUGUGAUUGAGUAUGAACACAAGUACAGAACCAUUGAUGAGUAUAAUCAUGUUAGAGAGCUCAUCAAAUGGGGAACUGAUUACUUGCUCCUCACCUUCAACUCCUCAGCCACAGAUAUUAACAAAGUUUACAGUCAGGUGGGAACUGCAACGAAUUUUUCUACAACACCAGAUGAUCAUUACUGUUGGACAAGACCUGAAGAUAUGGAUUACCCUCGACAAGUGCUGAGAGCUGAUACAGCUUCAGACCUUGGUUCUGAAAUGGCAGCAGCAUUAGCGGCAGCAUCCAUUGUUUUCCGUGACGAUGAUCUCUAUUCCAAAAAACUUGUUAAAGCUGCCACAACUGUGUUUGCCUUUGCCAGGGAUAAGAAUAGGGGAAGGUAUUCCAAUGGCAAUUCUUUCAUUGAGCCCUUUUACAACUCCACUGGAUAUUGGGAUGAGUUUUUGUGGGGUUCUGCCUGGAUGUACUAUGCUACUGGAAAUGUGACCUACCUUCGAAAAGCAACAGCACCUGGUGGCUUUACAAAGCAUGGAAAAGCAGACAGAAUGAUUCCGGAUUUGAGUGUGCUGAGUUGGGAUAAUAAGUUCCCUGCUGCUAUGUUGCUACUGACCAGAAUGAGAAUGGUCUUGAACCCGGGCUAUCCUUACGAGGAAAUGCUGAAGAGCUAUCACAACCUGACUGGCCUUACCAUGUGUUCUUAUCUUCAAAGAUACAAUGUGUUCAAUUGGACUCAAGGGGGCCUGAUCCUGCUGGACCAUGGACGCGGGCAAAAUCUUCAAUACGUCGCCAAUGCAGCUUUCUUGGCAUCUCUUUUCGUUGAUUACAUGAAUGUCACUGGUGUUCCUGGCUGGCAUUGUGGUCCUACCUUCAUACCAAGCCAAGUUCUCCGCGAUUUUGCCACUUCUCAGGUUUGCAAUUUUUAUUUUUUUAAAACCUGAAAUUAUAACCUCAAGGAUCAAGCUCUUCAGCAGACAAUGUUCUAAUUCAUUCUCACCAUUUCUUUUUCUCUCUCCUUUUUUUUUUUUUUGGUGUCGUGCUGCACGUACAGAUGAACUACAUUCUUGGUGCGAACCCCCUAAACAUGAGCUAUGUAGUCGGAUUUGGCUCCAAAUACCCUAAACAUGUGCACCAUCGAGGUGCAUCGAUCCCUCAUGACAAAUUGAAAUACUCGUGUACCGGCGGAUGGAAGUGGCGAGACAGCAAGAAUCCAAAUCCAAACACCAUUGCUGGAGCUAUGGUUGGAGGGCCAGAUAAGUUUGAUAAGUUCAAAGAUGUUCGGGCGAACCACACUUACACUGAGCCUACACUUGCUGGAAAUGCAGGCCUGGUUGCUGCACUUGUGUCCCUGACAACCAGCGGAGGCCUUGGUGUCGAUAAGAACACUAUCUUCACAGCUGUUCCACCACUGUAUGCACCGAAUCCACCCCCACCACCACCAUGGAAACCUUGAAAGGGAAAUGAAAAUGAUUUCUGUGGCCACCUCUGAAUUCUGCCUCAUUUACCAUUUUACUUUGUACAAAAGCAUUACAUUUUAACCAAUUGGUCAUAUCUGGAUACGAAUCGGACUCAGCAGAGCAUUGCCCUUGUAGUACAAUUUUUCUAUGAGCUUAGCAAGAAUCCUUUUUGUAAAGUUGAGACAAAGGAUCAUAUACAUGCUAUCCAGGUAAAGCAAGUUUUGCAAAUGAUCUUGUUGGCAUGCAUUUCAUGGUCACCAAAAGAAAGGUCUUGUUUCUUGAACUAAUAUAGUACAACAAACAUGUUCAACCCGGAUCAGUUUUACUUUAAUUACAAUACCCAAGAGUUCUAACAAAAUAAUGGUUCUGAUAAGGUUAUUAAUUAACUACAUUGUCAACACUUCAUUAAACUAUUAAAGAAUAAACUGUUGUUGGAAGACUUGACCAAUGGAAACUUAUAAUCAACUAAAUAAGAAGAAGGCAGAGACUUGGCAACAUAUACUGUAACUUAAAAAAGGAAACAUUUCAGUAAAUUUAUGAGUGUUGGAGGAUGGACUUUCAAAGAUAAUACUCC